AUGAUUUCCACUUCCAAAGCUUCGCAAACCUCCCUGUUUCAAGUUUAUCUCCGUCUUCGGCCGCCGAUUUCCCAGCAAAACAAUAUCCAACCGGAUCGUUGCUUGAUUGUUGAUCCUCCGGAGCAUAAUAUCGAGCAUGCAGAAGAUGACCAGGAUGCUCCGCUCCCGGCUACUACCCACAUCACGCUGCAGCCUCCCGCGGAUUCGAAGAAACGAGCUGUGGAGAGAUUCGGAUUUACUCAGGUUUUUGACGAGUCGGCAUCGCAAAUAGAUGUUUUUCAGGAUACGGGCAUGGAUGACAUAAUUAGGGGUGUAUUGCUUGAGGGUCGAGAUGGAUUGAUCGCUACGCUGGGUGUUACAGGGAGUGGAAAGAGUCACACCAUUCUCGGCUCAAAGUCGCAAAGAGGACUUACGCAGAUGUCCCUGGACGUGAUCUUCAAAGCGUUGGAGCCCACUAUGAAGCCACCGGACAACUCAAUCAACCCCAACCUAUUAGCAUCCGUGGCCGCAUCGGAUCCCGGCGAGGCCCAGAUUUUUACGGCUCAGACUUUCCUCGAAGCAGUCUACGGCGACCCGAAUACAGAACGCGGCAGGAACUCGAGAGCCCAAACCCCGAUUAGCUCGUCUAGAGGCAAUACCCCUUUGGUGGACCCGAUGCCCGCCCUGAUCUUCCCCCGCCGACAGAUGCCACAGCGCCCUAGCAUGUUGCCCCGAGUACCUGAUGUUAGUAAAUUUGCUCCAGAUUUGAACCCGAAGUCCGAGUAUAUGGUUCUCGUCUCGAUGUACGAAGUCUAUAAUGACCGAAUUUUUGAUCUUUUGUCCCCCGCCAUUACACCUGGGCAAGGAAGUUCCCGCCAAGCGGUAAACAACCAGAAGGACCGACGACGGCCUGUCAUGUUUAAGUACACCGAAAGGUCACCCGAUCGGAAGGUUGUUGCUUCAUUGAGAAAAAUCGCUUGUAGCACCUAUGAAGAGGCCCUCGCUAUUCUCGAUGUCGGGCUUGCGGAACGGAAGGUUACUGGAACCGGUGCAAACAGUGUCAGUUCUCGGAGCCAUGGAUUCUUUUGUCUUGAGGUCAAGAGAAGGAUGAGGCAUAAGAUCACUGGCGAGGAGACAUGGGUCGGAAAUACUCUUACUGUUGCUGAUCUUGCUGGAUCUGAGCGAGCAAGGACUGCCAAAACUGCUGGCUCAACUCUUGCUGAAGCCGGAAAGAUCAACGAAAGUCUGAUGUAUCUGGGACAGUGCUUACAGAUGCAAAGCGAAAUCAAAGACGGCAAAGCGGCUCUUGUUCCAUUCAGACAGUGCAAGCUAACUGAGCUGCUAUUCUCCAAUUCAUUCCCAUCCUCAAACUCGUCUCAUAGCCGUGGACCACAAAAAGCAGUCAUGAUAGUCACAGCCGAUCCUCUAGGAGACUACAAUGCUACUUCGCAGAUCCUCCGCUACUCCGCUCUGGCCAAGGACGUUGCCGUGGCUCGUGCACCUUCACCAGCUGAGAGUAUCUUCUCUGCUACCUUGCAUUCCCCGAGGGUAUCAGACCAUGGCUGGAAUUCACCAGACCCAGCCUUAAACGGAGAGCUUGAAGACGCCUUGGCUGUAAUUUCACGAUUGACCUCUGAAAACGAAAGUCUCUCUGUGCGCCUUACACAAGAAGAAAUCGCACGUGCAGAGCUUGAGAUGCAUCUGAAAGCAAGCGACGAAAGAUGUCUCAUGAUCGAGCAAGAAGUGCGAGAGGAAUGCUGGGCUGAGAUGGACGAAAAGAUGGAAGAAGAAAGGAAGAGGUGGCAGAGUGCAUGGGAUGACCAGACCGGGCGCAACGAUGAGCACAUGGAUAAGAAGAUCGAACUGCUCUCUCGUGGCUUCCAGAUCAACGAAGACCCCGAACCACCCGCAGAUGAAAAAUACCAAUUCCUCGAAUUCGAAAACGACCAACUCCGCGCCAAGAUCACCGCCCUCGAGCGCGAACUAAACUGCCGCUCCCCGACAAAACAACCAACAAGACCAAGGACCAGGAACGCCCUCAAAUCAUCCCGGAACUCGAACCUUCUUGGCCGCGAGAGUGAUAUUGAGUCUGCGCUUCGCCAUAUGGAUCAGCUUAAGUUGAGUGAGAAUCUGUUCGCUCCUGCUGUUACGGCUGGCCCGGGGGGUUCGCCGGGUAAGCGGACUAGGAAGAUGGCGACAAGGAAAUGGGAUUUGGCGCCUGAGGAUGAGAUUUGA